CUCCCAGAUUCGAAAGAGGAAACACAAUAGUAGCAAUUAAUAUAAACAAAAACAAUUGUUCAUUUCACUAAUUUCAGUUCGAAUUUCAGUUUCCCAAGGCCAAGUACUUGUAUAAAUUUACAUGUGAAUGGCGCAUAUUUUUUGAAACAAUUAAUACUGUAUUUGCUAUAUUCAAUCACAGCAAUGGAGUCGAGGAAUAAAGUGAUCUCACCUACAAAACUAACGAUAUGCAUCUUAUGGAAUCUGUGUUCGAGUAUCGCUAUCGUCUUCUCGAAUAAAUGGAUUUACACGAACUACAAGUUUCCAAAUGUUACUCUCACUUGUAUUCAUUUCUUCAUGACAUAUCUGGGACUUAAAGUUUGUAUAUUUCUCAAUAUUUUCACACCGAAGAAGAUACCUUUGUGCGAAAUGAUCCCGCUAUGUUUAAGCUUCUGUGGAUUCGUCGUUUUUACAAAUUUAAGUCUACAAAAUAAUACUGUGGGCACAUAUCAAGUCGCAAAGGUCAUGACGACCCCGGCGAUAUUAUUUAUUCAUACAUUAUUCUAUGGCAGAAAAUAUUCCAUGAAAAUUAUGUUGACUAUAGUAAGUAAGCUUUUAUACGUUUAUGUAUUUUAAAGUGCAUUUUAAAAUGGUUUUAGUUUUAUUUUGUCUAGAAACUUGAGUCUAUAAAACUGUUUCGAAUUGCUCUAUUAAUAAGUUAAUAAUUAAUUAGAAUAACCAAUUAAUGUAUCUAUUUAUAUUGCUACUUUAUAUUGAAACAUAUCCGUUCUUUUAUUGAAAUAAUAUUCAGCUUUUAUGAAGGUUUUAGUUCAAUGCAUUUCUUGAUGCUAAGAAUUUUGAUCAAAAUGCAUGGUUCAACUCAAAUUUGCAUGUGGUCAAAAGUGGUUCUGGUGGCACUCAAAUAAAAUAAAAGUUGUUCACAUUAUUUUCUUAUUUUGUUCACAUUAUUUUCUUAUUCUGUAACUCCCUGUUUAGUAAAACCUAUAUACCAUGUCCGUGUUUAUUAUAGUUUCCAAUAAUUAUUGGUGUAUUUCUAAAUUCCUGGUACGAUGUAAAGUUUAAUGUUCUUGGAACAACCUAUGCAUUGUUGGGGGUGCUGGUUACCUCUCUCUAUCAAGUUGUAAGUAUAGAGAAGUCACAAAUAGAAGUUUUGAACUUCUGCUUGUAUUUUUCACGUAGUUGUACCCCUAUCUAUCCGUGACUGUUUGAGAUUGGGUCACAAAUGUAAUCUGUUCAAAGAUUGCAUUCAUUUACUGAAACCAGAGUAGCAAGUGAAUAAUUUUGAAUGUAAAAUCAUGCAAUUUUCCACUGUUUAUAUUUCAGCUGGUGGGCAGUAAACAGCAAGAGCAUCAGUUAUCUUCGAUGCAACUUUUGUUUUAUCAGGUAAUCCUAAUUUUGUUAAACAUGUAGUACUCAGUCCACACUGCUUCAACUAGGUUGUAUGUUCUUGCAAAGCUUGAUCAUGCUCUUGAUCAUUUAUUUAUUCUGAAAGCUGGAAAUUAUAUACGGUUGAUAAAACGUAGUUAUCAAGUUAUCGGAUACAAAAUGUAAACAAGGCUGACAGUGUUACUGCAUCUAAAGACUUUUCCCUUUGAUUUAAACGUUGCAUCAAAAACAUUGUCACACAACUUUGAUGUUAUUUUGAAUGCUAGGCUCCACUUUCUGCAUUGGUCCUGGCAUUCAUAUUUCCAUUACGAGAACCACCACUUGAGACAGGAGGAUUAUUAACCUACUGGCCACCACAGGCCAUUGUAAGUGUUAUAUGUUUAUUUAAUAUGUUCUUACAUGAUUUAUAACAGAUGGAAUAGACACUUGCUGAAUUUGCCAUCUGGCAAUGGAAAUUAUAUUCAUGUCUCAGUACAGUUUACUGUUUCAUCAGUAAUAUCAUUUUUAGGGUUUUGUGAUCUUAUCUGGAGUCUUAGCUUUUUCUGUCAAUUUAUCAAUUUAUUGGAUUAUAGGAAAUACCUCGCCUGUAACGUAUCCUUUUAAAAUUGACUUAUUUUAAGAAGUACUAUACAAUGGUAACUCUGAAUAAAGUAAGCAUUUUGAUUCAACGUUUUGAGACGUUGUAUAAAGUCGAAACAUUGAAUCAAAAUGCUUACUUUAUUCAGAGUUUGUAUUGAAUGUUAUGAAAAUACUCAGUGGUUCCCACAAUUAAGAAGUACUGUUGCCUGUAUGUUGUUUGUAUUGCCGUUUCCUGUGUUUUCACUCCUGUUAAGCUGCAAUGUGCUGUAAUGCAUCUCACUUUUUUAUUUUAACCUGCCUUUAUGUAUACCUCAUGUAAUCUUCCUUCAUUGACAGUUUUACUACGGAAAAAAUGUCUACCCACUAAAACUACUAUGUGUCAUGUUGUCUAAUUAUUAAUCAACUAAUUCAACUUUGUUAUUUUUCUCUAUCUACAUGUUUCUUGACAGUUUUGUCUCUCAACUCCCAACUGUUGGCUGUUAACUAUCAUAAACAGAUCUACACACCUUGACUAAUUCUAGAUAUAAUAUGGUUGGUCAUUUGAAGUUCUGUAUUACUCUAACAGGAGGUGUCCUAAUAUUUCAUGAUCCUGUAUCACUCAACCAAAUGAUAGGUGUUGUACUGACGCUACUUGGCAUAAUUUGCUACACACAUUUUAAAGUGCAAGAACAAAAUAAAGCAAGAGACAAAGCCAAAGACAAACUGGGGAAGCCAGUUUGAUAAUAAAUUGUGUCAUGUUUAUGUCAGAAUUGUAAAUAGUUGUUUGUGCCUUAUUUAUUUUUUCAUUAACAGAUCAUUUAUGUUUGUGCAGUAAUUAUUAUAUUCACAAUCCAAAAUGGUAAAAUUAGGCCAUCAAGUUAUCAACUUGAAUUGUAUCUGUGUACUUCCACUGUACAAAGAUUUACGCUAUGUUUACAGUAUACCGGAUUGCUUUCCGUAGCGGUGCGAAAAAGCACCUAUCCGAUACAAAAUGUACAACUUCCAGAAGCUGAGUGAACAUCUCUCCAUUGCAAAAAUUCCCCUGAAAAUAGCAUUUCUAAAAGAUACGGUUAAGUGUUUUUUCAUGUCGCUACGGAAAGUAUCCGGUAUAGUGUAAAUGUUGUUUCAAGCAGAUUAGUAGAUUCAGGUUGGUUCAGUAACAAACACAUCCUUGACACCUGGAUCAGCUAUACUUGUCAUCAGAAACCAAGAGUACUGUAUGUUUAGUUUCCCAAGACACAUAGUAUUUGUCAUAUACAUACAUACAGUAGUUGCUUGUCAAGAUUUUAUUGCAGCAUUUCUUCGUAACACUUCACCAGGACUUGGGUAAGGUCUUUGUUGAAACAGAGGUCCAUUGGCUGUCGUAUCUACACCAGUCUUGGCAUCGCCUUUAUCCACCAAGCCUGUUGACCAUGUACCUCUAAACAAUUCAACAAGUGUG